AAGUCCAUUGCGGGUUGAGGAGGAGAGAUAAGAAAAUAAAACCCUAAGAUGAGAUUUAGCCGCUCUCUCUGUUUUGCUAUGGAAGAAGCAGUAGAGUAAGAGUAAAGAGUAGCAGUGUAGAGAGAUAAACCCUUGCUAAUUCUCUUACACUCUCUCUCUUCUCUUCUCCAUCUUUACUCUCUUCUAUUAUACUUUCGUUUCGCUUCUCUUCGAUCUCUCGCCGUUGGAUUCGAUCAAUCGGUUUAAGUCGAUCCUGGUGAUUGCUUGUUUCGAUUUUCUGUUCGCAGGUUCAAAAAAUGAUUGCUGCAGAAAGUGUAGUGCCAAAGCAUAAGUUGAAGAUUAAGUUCCCCAUUCUAAGGAUUGAAUCGGUUUCUGCGCCACAAUCUCUUGAGUUUGGGCAGCAACUGAGCAGCUCUUUUGAUGGGAAAAGGAAGUCAUAUCCUGGCAAUUCAAAAGAGACUUAUGGUGCUUCUAAGCGUCGACCAGAAGGGGUGAUAAUGGGUGGUCCACAAGAGAAGAGGCGAAAGAUGGACCGCAGCAUGACUCAGCAGUGUACUACCCUACUGAAUGCUUUGAUGAAGCAUCCAGCUGGUUGGGUUUUCAAUCAACCAGUGGAUCCUAUAGCUUUAAAGAUUCCUGAUUAUUUUUCAAUAAUAAAAAACCCCAUGGAUUUGGGUACAAUUAAGUCCAAGCUAGUAAAGAAUGCUUAUCUCGGCAUUGAAGAAUUUGUGGCUGAUAUUAGACUGACGUUUUCUAAUGCCAUGCUGUAUAAUCCUCCAUCUAAUAACGUUCAUAAAAUGGCGCAAGAAAUGAACGAGUUUUUUGAGUCAAGAUGGAAAUCUUUGGAGGAAAAGUGGAAUCAAGAAAAUUUUAAGGUUGGGAAUGGGAAAAUUUCAAGUGUGCGACUGAAAGAUGUUGAUGAAUCAAGGCAGGGUUGUCCUAAAAUACAGCUAUCUCGAAAUAGCUCUUUGCCGAAGAAGUCAAAGCCAUCUGAGGAGAAGGUUGAGAACGUGACUUUGAAUGUAAGAGCAGCAGAAGUUGAGACUCCUAAACCUACACGGAAUAGUGUGAGCAAGUUGCCAGGAAAGAACUUACAAAAAGGCACCAGUAGUGCUAGUUCUAGUGGUGGGUGUACAAAUGGGCCUAUCAAUGCCAAGCCACCAUUGAGCCCAGGUGCCUGCAAAUGCAGUUCAUGUGGGAGCAUGAAGUGUCAAUGUAGCCUUCCGUGUGAUUCAAAUCAUGCAUCUUCGAGUGAUGUGACUUCAGAAAGAUUGUUGGGUGGAGAUCUUAGAGUGUAUGGUGCUGAUGCCUCUAAACUGGACUGCCAGGCAAAAAGCACAUUGACAUCACAAAUGAGCAAGUCUGAUCCAGAUUCUAAUGGUGCUGUAAGUGCUUUAGACGAAGGGAAUGUUUCUCUUAGUCCCCAUCUUACAACUCCUGCAACAGAUGCUGGUUCUGGUGAAGGCUUCUCAACUCCUAUUUUUGAUGCACAAAUGUCACCGAAGAAGGCUCUCCGUGCUGCAAUGCUAAAAAGCCGUUUUGCAGAAACCAUUUUGAAAGCUCAGAAGAAGACACUACUUGAUCAUGGUGAUAAAGCUGAUCCAGUUAAGUUACAGCAGGAAAGAGAAAGAUUGGAACGGAGGCAGCGCGAAGAAAAGGCAAAGAUUGAAGCUCAAAUCCGGGCUGCUGAAUAUGCUGCCAAAAUGAAGGCGGAAUCUGAAUUGAAAAAGCAACGGGAAAGAGAAAGAGAAGCCGCUCGACUUGCACUGCAAAAGAUGGAAAAAACAGCAGAGAUUGAACAGAAUCUGGAGAUUCUAAAGGAACUGGAAACGUUGUUAGGAUGUUGUCUGUACAGUAAUCAAUUUUAUGGUCGAAAAAGUGGAGCAUGUGAAAGGGUAAUUGAAGGAGGAGCUUAUGGGAUGAUAAAAGGUGAGAAUCCACUCCAUAAACUGGGUUUAUUCUUCAAAGACGAGUACUUUGAAGACGAGGAGGAUGAGGAUGCUUUUCUUAAUGAAGACAUUGUUUGUGAAGAAGGAGAAAUACUGUAAUAAAAAACAUGAUUGUUAGUAUUAAAAAUUGGCGGCGGUCCUCGUUAAUAGCUUCUUAGCGAGUACCCCCAGAUUUGAUUGUAAAUCCAAGUAUUUUUGUAGGAUUAAUUGUGUAGUCAGCCAAACACAUUUAAUAUUAUUAUAUAGAAAAAGCUAAAAAGCAUAGUUCCCAACAA